AUGGAAUACAUGGUUUAUGAAUACAAGUUUAAUACUUGCUUAAUACAUGGAACCCAACAUAAAGUAUUAUGGGAAACAUCUGAAGACUAUGCUACUCCUUAUAUUAUAUUAUCUACAAAAAGAUACAAUUGUCACCAUGGUUUCGAUCGGAACGCUGCUGCAAAAAGGAAGCAUAAUGACGCAAAAGAAAAUCAGAAAGUGGAUCAUUUAUACAUAACUGAUUAUGUUAUCAUACAAGAUACUAAAAAGUUUAAUUGUCCUGCAAAAGCCAUUAUGAAAGAAGUGGUAUAUUUCACUGACUUCAAGCUUAUUAAUUCCAGUAAUUAUCGUAAGAAGCAACAGUCAAAAGAAAUAAAAUAUUCGUUGCUACAAAAAAAGGAUGUGGUAAUUAGUCGAAAAAUUAUUGUUGAGAUACACUGCUUAAAUGAUCACAAAAAUCACCCUCUUGGCAAGGUAUUAAUGCUAGAGUUUUCUUAACUGCGUUUAAAUAGUCUUAUUUUGACUAUAACCAA